AGGAAAUGUUGAAGGCAGACGAACGAUUGGGAGGGGAAGUGACACGAAGGCAGUGACUGAUCGAUCCGUCGGGAGGAGGAUCGCCGUCUCCGGGGCUUGACGAGGUCGGAGCAUCGAAGACGUGAAGGAGCAGCGAAGGUUCGUUCGUUCUUCUCUCGCUAUGAGGUGCGAAGGAAGGAGACCAGAACGAUGCUGAUCUUUUCGUCGAUCGAUUCGCAAUCGGUGAUGGCCUCCGGGGUUCGGCUUAGGCCGAAGAAGAAGAAGGGGAAAGAAGCAGUGACGCUUCUGUGGGGUUUGCGAAAGGGUGUGCGAAGCGAGGGCAAUGGAGGUCUCGGUCAUUUGCCGGUCGCGAAGGAGAACGAAGGCAGAAUCGUAAGGAGCUCUUUGAUGGGCGCAAGGCAAGCUGCGAUAGCUCAGGUGGGGACGGUUUGGCAGCAAGGAUCGGUGGAAGGAAGAAAAGGUUCGAAGAUAGAUUGUUUGAUGCUUGGAGUUCAACGCAGAAGGAACAAGGAAAUAAGAAGGUAGAGCAAGGGGCUCAACCAUGUGUUUCUUACCGGGAAAAUAACACCUCCGAGGAGGUGUUCUUAUUUGAUUCACGGAACAGAAAGAAAAUGAAGAAAUGAGUGAUUUGAGUGUUAUUUUGAAAUUGAUAACCUUUGUUCGAAUCAAUUUCAUACUUUUAUACACGUUUUAUUUUUAUUUUUAUUUUUAUUUUUAUUACAUAAGACUUGUAAAACUCAUUUUGGUUUAACUUUUAUGAUUAAUUUUGGUUUAA